UCUAGAUAUUUCAUUGUUGUUUUGUACGCAGAAAAAAUAAAAAAAAUUGAUAAUUAAAAACUAAUACGAAUAAAAAGAUAAAGAAAACAUCUCCAAUUUACGCGGAAAAACAUUUUAUAAAAGAAUAUAAGGAAUGAUAGCUCUUCUAUAAAAAAGGUAAAUUUCUAUUUAAGCGCAAUUUAAAUAGGGUCAUUUUGUGCUUAUUCUGUUUUGACAAAUUUUAAAUAUAAAUUUCUUCAAAGGCAAAUAUUUCAAGGCGAUAUUUAAUAUUUUAGUAUUAAAAAUAUAUAAAAGAUGAGUACUGAGGAGGAUUCAAUGGAAUUACCAGAAGAGCUUAAGAAGCUAGAAAUCGAAAACGCAGUUUUACCACCAAUCAAUAUCAAAUUGUCGGAUGAAAAUCUUCCUGUUUCCUUAAACCCUUUCUUUUAUCAAUCUAAACUCGCUACUAGAGGUAUUGAAAAAACCUCUACUAUUGAUAUAUUUGGUCCAAAAUGUAGUUGUGAUAUCAAUUUGCCAGCAUCAAACUAUGGUCGUCGUCGCAGUUCAAGCACUGGAAGUUACAUAACAUAUUGUAAGUCACUGUCUAGUAAAGACGUCAAAGAAGGGUCAGCUCAAAUAGAGAGAAACAUAAUAAAUCAAACAAGAUUUAAAUCAAAGAAUAUUACUAUUAAUUCAUCUGGAAGGAAAAAAUUCAUACUAAAAGAUCCAAUUUUAAAGAAAAUUCAAAACUGUCUUCAUGUCAAGCAGAACAUGGCUGCAGCAGCAGCUCUUUCAAAAUCUGUAGCUAAAAAUAAUUUAACGGGAAACGAACACAAUAACAAAUUAAUAAGUAAUUGUUCAAUACAGAGAGAGGAUGAAUUUUUGUUAUACAUUUCAGAUUGUCCAAGUCUAGAUAAUUUAAGAUUAGAAGAUGAAAAUCCUGUAUUAUCUAACAAUAUAAACAAUAUUCAAAACGAUAGAAUUACAAGGGAACAAAAACACAAUUUAUAUAAAAGAAAUAAAUAUUUAGAUUUUCGAAAUCUAAUUGAAGAAUGUGAAACUCUUUCAAACCAAUGUAAUUUUAUAAAUAACGUCAAUAACAAUAAUAAUAAUAAUAUUGUACGUAGCAAUAAUUCAAAUACAUCUUUGAAAAGAAACAAUAAAUCAAAAACAUUUACAACAAUACAAAAUCGAUCAAAGGACUUAAAUUUAAACGCGGAUAAAGCUCAAACUUUUAACGACUAUUACGAAGAUAUAGAUUCAAAUGAACAUUCAAAAGGUGAUAAUCAUUCAACUUGUACAGGUGGAUCAAUUAAUAAUACUUUACAACAACAGCAAAAUAAUAAUUCUGGAACAUCAUGCUCUCAACAGGCAAGAAUAAAUUCAACAACGAAUUGUGAUGUUACCAUUGAUGAAUUAGCUAGCUAUUUUGAAACAUUUGUUCAUAUACCAAAAAAAAUGUCCGAAAUGGCUGAAAUGAUGUAUAUUUAAAUGUUUUAUACGUUUAAUAGGUGUUUUUAUUAUUAUAUCUGAAUUUGUGAAAUAAUGAAAAAAUUACCUCGUGAGCAUAAAUCAAUCGCUUACAUCAAACUUUUUAUUUACUUUUCUAUGAAUUUGUGAGAUAAAAAAUUAUGAAUAGGAUAAUUCAAACUUGAAGUAAGUUACAUAAAAUUUUUUAGAAAAGAAAUUUUUUAUUGUUAAAAUAUAAAAAUUUACUUAUAAUAACUGGAUUUUUGAAUUGAAAUACUGAGAUUUAAAGUGAAAUUUUAAAUUAUGCUUUUGUCAAUAUGAACGAUAUACGAGUGUACGUAGGAAACAUUAAAAUUACAUAAGUGGUUUUUAAUAGUGAAAUUUUCAAAAAUAUUGAAAUAAUAUGCAAUCAUAAAAGUUGUUUAUAUGUGUCCUUUAUGAAACUAUACGUUAAAUAUUGUAUCAAUGUAAUAAUUAUUUAUUUUUUAUUUUUAUAAAAAAAUGAAAUUAUAUUAUAGCCAAAAAUUGUUGUCUUCAAACAUUACCAGAAAAA